CAAGCCAACCCAUGUGACUUCACACAGAGGUGGGCGCUUCAACCCUAACACCACGUGCACCACUGCUUUCGUGCUUCGAUGGCGUUUCGUUAAAGUCAAAUCUCCGGUUAAACUCCACCAGCUGAACGUCCGUCAGCUGUGUUCAUCUGCUACACACACACACACACACUUUACUGGAGCUGCACCAUAAACAUCCCUGGAAUGUGAUGCUAAUGCUAACUAGCAUAGCUUCCCGAGCACCCUUCCUCCCACAGGCGAAACGCGCAUGACGCCAAGUUUCCAGGCGUGUCAGAAGAUUCGCGAUCUGUCGUGAAUGCGGUGUUUUGAUAGAAAACGCUUCCACGUGAAGAAAAACAACAAAGAGUGACGGGGGACGAACCUUGAGAAACUGUUGCUCGCAGCCCGAGGUACCGGAAGUAGUAGUUUUGCAGCGUGAUAUCGCGAGAUUUCAGAAACCUCGUGGCUCCGGGACCAUGAUGCUCUGAGUUAUUGGUGUGUGAGCUCUCUCCUCCACUAUGAGUGAUCUGUUUUCCUGUGAGGAGCCAGCUGCAUGGAGGAGUGUGCAAGACAAGUACUGGGAUGUAGUGGAGGCUAAGUCCAAAAGCAAGAAACCUGGAAAACUGCUGAUCCUGGAGAAGUGGUACCAAGAGGAGCUGCCCAUGCUCAUUUCAGGUCGAUCUGACAAACAUGUCACUCUGUCAGAGCUGGUGAAGCUGAUGGAGUGGAAGCUCACAAGAGGGAAGUUCAGGCCGAGGCUGCAGCAGCUGGUGGCGUCCAACGGGGAGGAUACCGUGGAGAAAUGUUCCAGACAGGCCUUCAGCCUCCUGCCUGAUGUGCAGGCAGCGAUCGCAGAGCUCAGCUCCCUCAAAGGAGUCGGGCCAGCCACUGCUUCAGCUGUGUUGGCUGCAGGAGCUCCAGAACAGACUGCAUUCAUGUCUGAUGAAGCCAUGGAGAGUGUGCCGGGACUGAAGCCCAUCCAGUACACAGCCAAGCAUUACGCGCUGUACCUGGGCAAGAUGGUCGAGAGAACAAAAAAACUAAACAAAGUGGAUCCGCAGCGGGACUGGACGCCCCACAGGCUGGAGCUGUGUUUGUGGGCGAUGCGCGUCGCCACUCAGCUGCAGCUCCCACUAAUCAAGGAAGUCGAUGUGAAGGGAGGUGGUGCCACGGCGGCAAAGGGCUCGGACUCCGACACUGACCACAGACCAAAGAAGAAGCUCAAAACAAAAUGAAAGAUUUUAGUAUUAAUCUUGGAUGUUUGUCAGUUUUUGUAUUUUUCCAAUGUAAUAAAGACUUAAAUUUAGUUUACCAUGCAUUUCUUGAGGGGUUAUUGUUAAUGGUGAUAAUCAAGGAUGCAACAAACGAUUGCUUUCAUUUCAUAUUUUGUGGAUUGACUAAUUGAAUCUUAACAUACAGCUUCAAAUAUGAUCUAUAAAAAUUUCCAAGGUGCUUCCUCAAAUAUCUUUUUCAUUCAACCAAUAGUCUAGCCAGGGAUGUCAAGAUAAUACAACAACCAGGAAAUAUCUACAUUUAAGGAAAUACAAAUUUUUGGUUAUUUACCUAAAAAUUAUGAGAAUUGUUGCUGAUCUAUUUUCUGUUACUUUACUAUGUGAUGAUUGAUGAUGAUGAUGUCUUUGUGCUGAAACACAUGAAAAACAGUGGGAUGUUGCCACAGUAUUGUUCUUUAUUUAUAUUGUUUC